AUGGCCGGUCGGCAGGUGGAGGUGGCCAGUGAUCAGUUAUCCACCGGUGGCAGUUGUGGUGGGGACCCAGCUGGGACCAAGUUGGGAUUCCUGACCCGUUUGGACCGACUGCUCCGCCGCUGGCUCCCAGGAUACAGUUUCAUUCGCGGCAAGCGCCGUUCGCCGUCGGAAACCUCGAUGGCCGGCGGCGGAGGAGGCCAGCAGAAGGCACAGGGACUCAGAGGAGGCAGGAGGAGGCAGGUGGAUGACAGGAAACAGGAGGUCUAUCUGGACACUGGCAUAGCCAAGUCUGAGUUCUGCGUCCAACUGGAGACCCUGUUGCGCCAGAAGCUGCUCCAAAAGCAGCAGGCAUUGGCAUUGGAGCAGCAGGAGCGACGGAAUAACGAGCACCCAUAGAUGGCCAUUCCUUUUUUCAUUUCUAUACAUAUGUAUUCGUUAUAUAUUUUUCAUACCAUCCAUCAAUCAAUCAAUCGAGGCGCCUCAUUAAAAUUAAUUAGAAAUAAUGACCGGCAAAA